CAUGCCAAAGUACUAUUGUGAUUACUGCGACACAUUUUUGACACAUGACUCGCCAUCAGUGAGAAAAACGCACAAUGGAGGAAGAAAACACAAGGAUAACGUCAGAAUGUUUUAUCAGAAAUGGAUGGAAGACCAAGCACAGAAGCUUGUUGAUCAAACUGCACGGGCAUUUGCCACAAAUAGAAUGCAAGGAGCCGUACCACGUACAACAAUGGGAAUGGCCCCUGUACCACCAGUGGGUCAUCAUCCGAUGAUGGGAGGUCCCCCAGGAAUGCCAAUGAUGGCUCCUCGACCGUUCCCUGGACCAGGAGUCGGAUUUCCAGGAGCACCAGGGAUGCCACCAUUCCCAGGAGGGCCUAUGGGUAUGGCUGGACCACCAGGAAUGCCACCAAUGAUGCCACGUCCACCACAACAAUUCCGUCCGAUGUAAAAUGAAUUCGAUGUUUCCUAUGGAAAUUAUUCAGAAUGCUUAAAUUGUUAUUGUUUUGGGUUUCUGCCAAGUGUGCACAAAAAAUUUCAUUUUUCUUUUUCAAAUUAUCAACUGUUUCCAAGAAAAAUCGUUCUGAAGUUUCCUAAUUCGUGAACAUUAUAUAAUAAUAAUUUAUUUCUGUUCCUGGUCUCAAUUUUUGUAAUGAAUAUUUUUAUUUUG